ACUUUUAGCUCCUAGCUUCAAGUUGUGUAUUGCAUCUGGUCACACAAUUUUAGGAAGGCUGCAAAAUAUCUCAGAAAAGUGGUCAAAGAAGAAACUGGCUAUAUUAUAGAGAUUAAUGAUGGUGAGAACCCCGAGCAGUGACAAAAAUGGACUGAAGAGAGGAACAUGGACACCAGAGGAAGACAAGAAGUUGGUUGAUUAUAUUACUAGGUAUGGUCACUGGAAUUGGCGCCUUCUCCCUCAGUUCGCAGGUCUUGCGAGAUGUGGAAAGAGUUGCAGACUUAGGUGGUUGAAUUACCUAAGGCCAAACCUGAAACGAGGAAACUACACUGAGGAAGAAGAAGAAACUAUCAUCAAGCUGCACCGACAUCUCGGAAACAGAUGGUCUGCUAUUGCUGCACAGAUUCCAGGAAGAACAGACAAUGAAAUAAAAAACCAUUGGCACACGAACCUGAAGAAACGAUUUGAACAAGACACAGGCACAGAAUCUCAAGUUUCAAACUCAUGUGAACGAUCCCCAUCAACAACAAGUGCAAAUACUUUCCAAAGCUUUAACUCCACGGAAGAUUGUUCCCCAUUUUCCCAGCAUUCAUCAUCCUCCACAACAAGCGCAGAAUGUAACACUGUAACCAUCAACGAAAAUCUGGAUCUGCAAGAUGAAUUUUCCUUUUGGGACGCUGACACAGAUCUUGUGAGUGCCAAUUUCUGGUUGGAGCCAUAUCUACAUGAUCUUUCAUUCGCAGCUACUGAACCUGAGUUCCUCACUUUUGAUGCACAACUUUGGAGCCAUGAUAACUGACAUCUGUGCACACUUUAUUACCUUAUUCUGCUGCUCAAAGCUGUUGUAUUUUAUUCAAUUAUUAAAUGUUUGUAAUUUUAUAAUUACUGU